AAAAUGAACGUAGGCGUUGCCCACAGCGAGGUAAAUCCAAACACGCGGGUGAUGAACAGUCGCGGAAUGUGGCUGACAUACGCACUCGGAGUUGGCCUGCUGCACAUUGUCUUGCUCAGCAUUCCUUUCUUUAGUGUGCCUGUUGCCUGGACUUUAACGAACGUUAUUCACAACCUGGGAAUGUAUGUGUUUUUGCAUGCAGUAAAGGGAACUCCUUUCGAAACACCGGAUCAGGGGAAAGCUAGGCUACUAACACACUGGGAACAACUGGAUUAUGGAGUACAAUUUACGUCUUCAAGAAAAUUCUUCACAAUCUCUCCUAUAAUUCUGUACUUCCUGGCAAGUUUCUACACAAAGUAUGAUCCGACACACUUCAUCCUCAACACAACCUCCCUCCUGACCGUGCUCAUCCCCAAGCUGCCACAGUUGCAUGGCGUUCGGAUCUUUGGCAUUAAUAAAUACUAAGCAGAAGGUUUGACACUGACUGCCCCUGACACAGCUGCUGCUGCUCCCUGAGGGAAGGAAUUGAGUAGUCUGCUGUGCCUAGUGUCUAAUUGUAUUCAGUGAAAGAUGCUUUUACAGCUGAGAUACAGUUCCUACGUCCGGCAGCAUUGUCUGGGAUGAAAGUUGAGUUUGUAAGAACAUGCCUUCAAACACCUAAAUGUGAAUUGGAAACCUUUAGGAGAAAGAUUUCCAUGAAGAGCUGGGCAGGCCCCGCUCUAAAGCGUAAUCCCCACUGAGACUGUACGUAUGCCUGCGUGAUGCAAGUGACCUGUAGGGAAG